UCUAUACAUGGUUCAUAGGCAUACGCAGAGAAAAGAAAGGUUAGAUUUUCUGUAGCGAAUUUUGUGGUAUACAUACUCACUACAUUUAGCUGACUAAAAAUUUUACAUAUGAAGUAUCAAAUUAUUCGCUUUUCAAGAUGAUGAAAUAUGCGGAAGGUGAAACUUUAAAGGAUAAAUCGAGAUGUGCUCAUCUUCGAGCUGAUUUAAAAAUGUGUAUGCUGGAAACUGAUUGUUGUAAAAUUCAAAGACGUACACCUAAAGAGUGUCUACAAAGUAACGAUCCUUCUAUACCUCCAGAAUGUUGGGCUCUGCGUCAAACAUUUUUUGAAUGCAAACACUCGAUCAUUGAUGGAAGAAGAAGGUUCAGAGGACCACGAGGUUACUAAAGAUUGUUAAAUUUGUUUGUGAAAAGGAAGUUAAGAACAAUAUAGUUUGUAAGAUGUAGUAUUAGAAGUGAUUUAUUAUUAUUUCAUUAUUAUUCGUUGUACAUGAUAUAAUAAACCUAUUAUAAUUGCGAAGUAUCAA